UGGUCUGCCAGGCCAGAGCUGGCUUUCUGUCCCUGAGCUGCCCUAGGGGGUGGUGAGGCAGGAGGAGGGUCCCUAUACCAGGAAGGGGCUCCGUUUCCCCAGAGGCCCCCUCAAGGGCUGGUGCUUCAGCUCAGCCCCCGAGUGCCCUCUGGUCGCAGUGUGCAUGUCGGGGGAAUGUCAGCGAAGACGCCAUUGGGCAGGAGACGAGUCCCCAGUGAGCCCUGGGGACAGGGACUCGUGACUCAUAGUGGCGUCUCUUGGGGAUGCCUGUAACCAGCUGAGCGGCAGCCCAGCAGUCGCUCCCUGGACCUCAGACCUGGGCAGAGUGCCCCGUGCAGCCCUCCCCGCCCCACUCCGGAGCUGGCCCUGCCCCCUCAGGACCCCAGGACCUGUGCUCCCAGGAGGUGCCGCUGUCCAUGGUGGCUGCCCCCAGCGAUGACCCUCACUGUCCCCAGUGCAGGUCCAACUGCCUGUCCCCCACAGAGGAGCAGGAGUGGGACAAUGGUCAGCCAGAGAGGGCGAUCUUGGAGGAGCCCCUGAAAGACAGACCACUCGAGGAGGAAGCCCUCGUUGACAAAAUUAGGACCAUGUCUGUCUUGGAGAAGAACGUGGUGCUGGACACCAUCCACCACUGCAUCAAGGAGCAAACCCAGCUCAUCGGGAAGGAGGUGGCUGACACCGGCAUCCAGGAGCUCCUGGCGCCCUUGAACCUGGAGCUCAAGCAGCCUUUGGAGAAGACCUUCCUCUUCCACGUUUUUGGGCUGAUCCUCAGAGAGACUACCGACCAGGAGCUAGUGAGAAGGCACCUGGCGGACCUCCUGGAGCUGUCCCACCAGUCCAGCAGCCAGCGGGAGGGCAUCGCGGAGACUGUCGGCAUCGUGUCUUCCUCACACCUGCAGGCGGUGUGGGCCUUGCUGGAGCACCUGGGCCGCACCAGGUUUCUGAGGACCACCUUCAUGUCCCCGGAGUGCCCGCAGUCAGACCCUGACAGGCACUGGAGGUGGGUCAGCAGCACGUACCUGCUGUGCUACGGGCAGAUGGCCCUGCACGCCCGGGAGCAGAUCCUGCCCUGGGUGGACAACAUCAUCUCCAGGAUGGUCUACUACUUCUCCUGCAGCUGCUACGACAACAUCCUGAAAACCAGCUUCCUCUUGGCGGCCAUCAUGCUUACGAAAGCUCUCAGGCAAGAGGACGGCACCCAGAGCUACAAGUUCACUCAGAUACCAGACCUCAUCCAGUGCCUCCUGCGCAUCCUUCAAAAGGAGCCCAACUUCCUGGCCACCCUUUUCCGGCAGAAGGUCAUAUUGGUCAUUGUGAAACUGAGCAGCCUGCGGCCGAGCCUCAAACCCGUGGUGAAGUCCCAGAUCCUGCAGACCUGCCUGCAGACCCUGUUCAUGCUCCCGCCCGGGGAGAGGUUGAAGAGCUGCUUACCUCCGCUAGACUCGGCCCCGGACGUCCUGGCGCUGUACAAGAAAUCCAUGCAGGCGCUGGACCUGCUUCUCCAGAGCUUCCUCUCCGAGAACAAGAGCAUGGACGAGAUGUGCUUCCUGCUGCAGCACGUGGAGCCCUGGCUGCACUCAGACAAGAGCCACGAGCGCAAGCGAGCGGCACAGACCACCUUCCUGCUCCUCCAGUACACGGUGGACUACGUGACACUCACUGAAGAGGCCACACCCUCCCUGCUGGGCCACCAGCUCGGCCUGCUGGCGCUGCUGUGGCAGGACAAGGACCCGGUGACGCGAAGCCACUCCCGCCAGAGCAUCUACUUGCUUCUGCAGCUUCUGAUCCAGCAGAAGGGGAGCACGGAGCAGUUCAUUCUUCUGAAUAAGAUGAAGAACUUCGAGGCAAAGGCCCGCAGGCAGUCAGAGAAGAAAUGCUACAACGUGGUGAAGGCCUUGAACAGGAGCCUGACGGUGGCCCAGCACACGCAGCUCGUCCUCACCCUCGUGGAGAGGCUGGGCAGCCGCAGCCAGCCACAGUGCGACCUGGCCUCGCAGCUGCUCCUGCUGCUCCUGGAGGAACGCCGCGUCAAGAGAGAGCAGGUGGCCGAGAUCCUGCAGGGCCUGUUCCAGGAGCUGUCCUCUGUCAUGUUCAAGGGCGUCCUGCAGACCAUGAUGAAGGUGGUGACGGUGCUGGGGACUCAGUACACCCAAGAGACUGUCGAGGUGAUACUGUCCCUGGGUCACCCCUCCGAGAGACAGGUCCUACUGCUGUGGAAGGCCCUGGCGGGCAACCCGAAGCUGGCUCGCAGGGUGCUCACCCUGCUCUACAUGAAGCUGAAGGUGCGGCCCACCGGGAAGCUCCUCAGGCUCAGCCAGCCAGCGGAGCUCAUCUCCCUGCUGGCCCUGGGCACCAUUUACGAGCUCCUGUACACCCGGGAGUACAAGGCCACCGUGCGCUGGGCCUUCGCGGGCCUCCUGGUGGGCCUCCUCACCCAGCUGCGCUACCUGUUCGAGCUGGGCGUGGCGGACGGCAUCUCGGACUACGAGGAGGACGUCCUGGAGGUGCAGCCCCUCAGCCCCUGCAGGACCUGCCUGGAGGCCCUGAAGGGUCUCUUCUGGACCACCAACUACUGGGAGGUGUUUGCCCACCUCAAGCUGCUGCGAAGCUGGGAGCUCUUCGAGCAUCUGGAAACCUACACAGAGGGAGUAACCCUCUUGGCUAGGGCCAUGGCCCACUAUGACUGUGAGGUCAAGGCUGUCCUGGGGCAGGCAGUCAUCUCCCUGAAGAGCUCCGAGGAACGGGACAACAUUGUGGCCAUUCUCAUCAUCACGGAGUUUCUCAACAGCCAAGAGCUCACCCAGUACGUGUCCCGGAGGACUGUGGACAGCUUCCUGAGCCUGGGCCUCAACCACCCCAACCAGCUGGUGCGGGCCAUGAGCCUGAAGGGCCUCAGCAGCACGCUCGUGCACCCCAAGAAGGUGGUGCUGCUCCGUGGGCAGCUGGCCGGGCUGCUGGACCGUUUCAGGAAGCCCGACCCCAAGGACCUCAUGGGCCUGAUGGAGAUCCUGGGCGACAUCCUGCACCGCCUGGGGACCCAGGGCGUCGGUGCUGCCAGCCUCAAGAUGGCCCAGCACCUGCUGCCGCUGUUCGAGGAUGAGCAGGCCCCGGUGCGGGGAGGAGCCAUCUCGCUGUUCGGAGACGUUCUCCACAGCGGCGGCAGGAAGUACCGGCCGGAGCUCAAGCCCUUCGCCUUUCAGGCCCUCGUGCCACUGCUCCUCCACCUGGCGGACCCCUGCCCCGACGUGGCCACGCACACCAAGCUCACCUUCCUGCGCUGCGCCAUUCUGCUCAAGUGGGAGUUUCGGAAGGAGCUGUUCGGGAAGCUGGCAUGGGGCCACGGCUUGGGCGCCGAGAACGACAUCUUCAUCUACACAGUGGAGAGCAACUUGGGCAGCUUUCACCAGUUCCUCAUGCAGGCCCUGCACUACCUCGCCAGCCCCCACGGAAACCUGAGGCGGACGGCCAUGAAGUUCAUCGGGGGCCUCCUGCACGACUACUUCACCGACCUCUGCUUUUCCCUGAAGAAGGGCGACCUGAACGUCCUCAGGAAACGUGAGCCCCGAGGGCCGAGGACGUGGCACCUCUUUGUCUCCCGAAUCCUGAGAAGGGCCCUCAACCAGCCUGUCCCAAUGACGGGCCACCAUCUUGUCCUUGAGAUUCCAUUCCUGGACACGGCUGUGACCCCCACACCCCGCAUGGGCUCCUGGGACAGGGCUGUGCCUCCCAUACCCCGCAUGUUUUCCUGGGACAGGGCCGGGUCUCCCCCACACCCAAAUGGUUUCCUGGGACAGAGCAGUGCCCCCCACCCUGCCCUACCCCAGCCUGAGGGGACUGUGCAGCAACUGGGGGUCUCUGCCGCAGAUGUGGAGGUCCUGAGGCAGGACCCAGACUCCAUGAGCCGCAGAUUCUACCACAGCGUUUUGGAAGACAUCAGUGAACUGUCCCAGUUCGUGACUCAUUGAGCCCUGGCCGUUGGCCUUGCUCCCGGCAUAUGCUGUGUUAUUUCUCUAUUAAAUGCGACAGAGUUCCCCUUGGCCUCCCCAGGCUCUCCGUGCCCUGGACCCUCCCGCCACUGCUCCUCCGUGAGGCUAGGGCACCUCCUCUCCCGAUCCACACACUCAGGACACGGGUCCUCAGCCCCUCUGCGGCCGCAUGAGCCGAAACCUCACCUGCCGGUGCGGAGCCCAGAGCCCUGGGGGUGGGCCCGGGCAGCCCCCGCCCUCCCAGGGCUUCCCAGAUCCAGUGACUCCUGACUUCCCAGCAUGUGAAACCCAGCCACAGGCCUGGCCUGAUCUAGCUCCCCCACCCCCAUCGUGGCCUCUCCUCCGGCCUUUCCUCCUGCGCCGUCCGUGGCCCUGACGCCCUGGGGACCCAGUGCCCCCAUCGCUGUGCUGCUCGGCCUGAUGCCUCCUCCCGCUUUCCUCCCCGUCCCCUCUGCUGUCUCUCCGGUCCCCAGCCAGGCACCUAAAGCCUCCCGCCAGCUGCAGCCCCUGCUGAGGGGUCAUCCGGCUGUGUCCCAUGGCCCCCUUGCUCCCUGUGGCUGCUCUGGGGAUGGCAUCCACAGCUGCUCAGAAGGUUCUGGACGUGUGAUAGUUGCCUGGUGCACGUGAGUCAGACGUGGGACACGGCUCUGAUCUUCCCAAGGUGCCGGGGGUCUGCUUGUGCCCGUGCACCCCGGCAGCUGUCUGCAGGCCCAGGAAUCCCCCAGACAGUCCAGCCAGGAAAGUGAGGGGGCAUCCCGGAGAAGGGCCGCUGGAGGACGUCGCCACAAUCGAGGAAGAGGACUUCAGACGUGCCGUGGCAGCAGGACACGUACAGAACACCGGGAGACGAGGAACGCGCCCACACAGCCGUGG